AUGCUCGCCGCCCCCGCGCGCGCCGCGGCGACGCUCGCGGGAGGCGCGCGCGGCGCCGCGCGUCGUCGCGCCGCCGCCGCCGCCGCCGCGCGCGUCGCCGUCGUCCGCGCGACUUCGUCUUCGUCGUCGUCGUCGUCGUCGUCGUCGUCGUCGUCGUCGUCGUCGAGCGUCUCGGACGCCGCGCCGCCGGAGACGACCGUCGCGCCGUCGACCCCCGGGGACCCCCGGGGACCCCCCGCCGCCGCCCCCGCGCCAACGCCGCGCGCGCACGCCGUCGCGCGGGACUCCCCGCUCUUCGCGUCGCACCCGCUCUUCGCGUCCACCACGGGCGGGCGCGUCGUCGCGGACCUCGCGCUCGUCGUGGACGAGAUCCCGCUCGGCGUCGUCGACCCCGUCUCCAGGGUCGAGCGCGUCGCGAAGAUCGUCCGCCCCGCGUCCGAGGACGAGGUGCUCGACAUGUACGUCGAGCUAGGCCUGCUCGAUCGCGAUCCGUACUGGGCCGCGCUGUGGCCGUCGUCCAUCGCGCUCGCGCGCGGCGUCGCCGCCGCCGCGGAGCGCGACGCGCGAUGCCUGCGAGCGACCAGGGGGAGCGCGUCCGCGAGGGCGGCGGCGGCGGUGGCGGGGAAGGACGCGUGCGAUCUGGGGAGCGGGCUCGGGCUCGCGGGGAUCGCGGCGGCGAUGUGCGGCGCGAGGGAGGUGGUGUUCUACGACCGCGAGCCGCUCGCGCUGCAGUGUUGCUUGCUGAGCGCGGAGCUUAACGGCCUCGACGUGAGCGUUUCAGGGCGAGGGACGGCGUCUGGCGGCGGCGGCGGCGGCGGCGACGAAAAAUCGACGCGGCUGUGCGACGCGGAGACGUUCGACUGGAACGCGGUGCCCGCGGACCAGCGGACGUUCGAUCUCGUCCUCGCGUGCGACGUGCUGUACGAGCCCGGGAUGGCCGCGCCGGUCGCGAGCCUCGUGCCGACGCUGACGCGGCGCGGCGGUGGACGGUGGCUUCUCGCGGAUCCGCCGAAUCGCGCGCCGCGAAAUCGGGAGAAAUUUUUGGAGCUCGUGUACGAAAACGGAAAGCGCGACGGCUGGGGGGGGAACUGCGAGACGUCCGAGCCUCGAAGGGAGAUCGUGACGCACCGCGGGUCCACGGACGAAGUCUUGCUCAUGGACUUCAUCAUCAAGUGA